CGCCUUGGAAACUGUUGCUGGGGACGCUGCUUCCAGUUACCAGGAAGUUGUUGUUAGCGACUAAACUGCAAAGAUUAAAGAUGGCCGAUAGUCUGGAGCUCGGAGACAGUGGCACGAAGAAAGCUGCAGCCAAGACGGGCCGUAGAGCACGUCACUCACAGGGGCUUCAGCAAGAUGAAGCUCGAAAUAGGAAAGAAUCCACGUCAGCAUCUGCUGGAGAGGAAGAAGAGGAUGAAGACGAGGGACCCCCAACAAAACCCCCUCUCCGCCAAGGAGGCUGGGCAGAUGACACCCCUGGCUCUGCCAAGUCUGGAAGAAGACCAGCGGCUGACGAGGUUGAGGAUAGACGUUUGAGACCGCAAACCCCAGAGGGCUCUGACGAUGAAGGAGAUAUCCCAGUAAUCCCGGACCUUGAAGAUGUUCAAGAAGAGGACCUCACAAUGCAGGUUGCAGCUCCACCCAGCAUACAGGUUAACAGGGUGAUGACUUACCUCGACCUGGACAAUGAUCUCAUGAAACAUUCGGCUUUUCAGACAUUGGAUGGAGAAAUUGACCUAAAACUUCUCACUAAAGUAUUGGCACCAGAGCAGGAAGUCAGAGAGGAGGAUGUUGGCUGGAACUGGGAUCAUUUGUUUACUGAGGUAUCUUCAGAGCUGAUGACUGAAUGGGAUCAAGGGGACAAGGAGGACCACAAACAAAUGCCCUUGCUUGCCUGAUUUUAAAUGAUAUAAAGUUUGGGUUACUUGUAUAAAUAUGCUGAAAAUAGGACUCUGCAUUUGCUUUCACACUUCUGUCCUAAGCAGAGGCAUUUGCCACUUGGUACCAAAAGGGGAUGAUAACAAAAUAUUUCUUUAUCUCCUUAGCAUUUGUGUAUAUAUAUAUAUAUAUUUAUAUAGCACAUGUAUUCAUGUCUAAUUUAACCUCUUAAAAACAAUGUACUUGUUUGUUUGUUUAUUUUUAAUAUGGUUGAUAAAAGUGGGGUUGCUGUGAAUAAAUCUUCAUUUUUGGAUGGUAGCAGGAUGUCACUGCUUCGAUUUUCAGUAUGCAGAGCCUGGCUUUCAAGCACAGCUAUAAAGUUUUGUCAGAUAUUCAAAAACAAAAGCGUAUAAGAAAACUGUUUUGGAGACAGCAGAAAUACAUUUUAUUCUAUUGUUCUA